GCAGAACAUAGAAGCAACCAGCUCCGCGAAUCUCGGCGUCUGGAAUUGCAACGAAGAUGGCGUCCAGUCCGGUUGAGAUUAUUCGUGGGCAGGCAUUUGUUGUAGGACCAAGAUAUGUCAAUCUAAGCUACAUUGGAGAAGGUGCUUAUGGCAUGGUUUGUUCAGCAACAGAUAUUUUUCAUAAACAGAAAGUGGCCAUAAAGAAGAUCAGUCCAUUUGAGCAUCAAACUUACUGUCAGAGGACAUUAAGAGAAAUCAAGAUUCUUACACGGUUCAACCAUGAAAAUAUCAUCAACAUUCAAGACAUUUUGAGGGCACCCCAUCUUGAGGAAAUGAAAGAUGUAUAUAUUGUACAGACGUUGAUGGAAACAGAUUUGUACAAACUCCUGAAGACACAGAAACUUAGCAAUGACCAUGUCUGCUAUUUUCUGUAUCAAAUUCUUCGAGGGUUGAAGUAUAUUCAUUCGGCAAAUGUACUGCACAGAGAUCUAAAACCAAGCAAUUUGCUGCUGAACACAACGUGUGAUUUAAAGAUAUGUGAUUUCGGUUUGGCGAGAGUUGCUGAUCCCCAGCAUGACCACACUGGUAUACUGACAGAGUACGUUGCUACCAGAUGGUACCGAGCCCCAGAAAUCAUGCUCAACUCCAAAGGCUACACAAAGUCAAUAGACUUGUGGAGUGUCGGUUGUAUCUUGGCUGAAAUGCUUUCAAACGUGCCAUUGUUCCCUGGAAAACACUACCUGGACCAGCUAAAUCACAUUUUAAGCGUUCUGGGAUCGCCAUCUCAAGAGGAUUUGCAGUUCAUCAGAAAUGAAAAGGCGAAAUGCUAUCUCCUAGGAUUGCCACAAAAAGAAGGCAAAGACUGGACGAAGCUCUUUCCGACCGCUGAUGCAAGAGCCCUGGAUCUGCUUAACAAGCUACUCUGCUUCAACCCAUUUCAGAGGAUCACAGUCGAGGAGGCCCUAGCCCAUCCGUAUCUGGAGCAGUAUUACGACCCAGCUGAUGAGCCCGUCGCAGAGAAGCCAUUUUCUUUCGAUACCGAAUUAGAUGACUUACCAAAGGAAAUAUUGAAAGAGCUGAUUUACGAGGAGACUAAAGUUUUCUGUGAUAACCAACCAAUGAUGACUUAACUGUUGAAAAGAGUACUCAAUUUUGUGUUAACCACAAUUUAGGGAGUAUUAUCAAGUAAAUGCUGUAUAGAUAUAGUGAAUGUAUCGAAUGGGGGCGUUGUUUUUUUAUUUCAACUUAAACGGAAUUUUAUAUCACCAAGGUAUAGGGGAGGUCAGAAAGCAUGCCCUAUCUAAUAAUUAAUUUGCAAUAAUUUGCAGUUACGGUAUGGAAGGUUUAUUGAAGAUUUUGAUAUUAGCCAUAAUUGUGAUCCUGGUUGAGCGAAAAUUAAACGAUAUAAUUAUAAGUCCUGAUGUGUUUUUAUUUGGCACCCUUCUGUUCUGUGUAGCAUAAUGGCCUUGUUUGCUGUAAAUUUCAUGGUAGGGUGAAGAGAAUGUGCAAUUUCUAUCUGCAAUUUUUUAUACGUUUUUACUACCGAACCUGUUGACUGAUAUUGCCCACUUCUUUCCUCUCCAGUUUUAAUUGACCUCGUUUGACAAUGUUUGAACUAGUUAAUCCUAUAUAUCUUCUCAACACGGUUUUUGUCAUUCUGAUAACUUAACCAUAUAUUAAUGAGUACCUUUUAUUAUCAUAAGGUAAUGGCCAAUCUUUUAAAUAUACUUUAUCAAUGUGUAAACGAAUCUGCCAUAGAAGUCCCUAGCUAUGUUUUACUUUAUCCUGGUUGUAAUGUAAGCAGUGAUAAACUAGCUGUAUCAUUUAUUUACGUCAUUAUUUUGUACUUUGAUUUGGGUACAUAGUAUUUUUCAUCUAUUACUUUUAAUUUCAAUUGUUAUUUUCUAGCACUUGUGUUAUUACAGUUCAUAUCAAGCAUAGCUCAA